AUGCGGGAUCAAUCCGAUCACACCGUCAAAGCUGAGCAAGAGGCCUAUUACGACCUUGGGUCGUAUCGUCGACCAGUGACCACCUCGUCAGCAGAAGCCCAGUUAUGGUUCGAUCGGGGACUGAUAUGGGCUUAUUCUUUCAACCAUAGCGAGGCAGUUCGGUGCUUCGAACGAGCUGCCGAAAGUGAUCCCAAUUGCGCUAUGGCGAUAUGGGGAAUUGCUUAUGCCACUGGGCCCAACUACAACAAAGCAUGGAGAUAUUUUGAUCCAGAAGAUCGUCAGACUUCUAUCAGGAAGGCGAACGAUAUCCUUGCCCAAGCGUCCAAACUAGCGAGCCAGGCCACGCCAGUCGAACAAGCGUUGAUCGGGGCAAUUGGCACUCGCUUCCCACCAAUUGAUGACAUCCCCGAGGAUCUUGGCCCCUUCGACCGCGCGUAUGCAAACGCAAUGCGCUCUGUGUAUCACAAUUUCAGCAAUGAUGUGGAUGUGGCUGUGCUGUUCGCGGAAGCACUGAUAUGUAUCACUCCGCGCGGGCUGUGGGACUUGAACACCGGUAAACCAACCGGGGAUCACACAGUCGAGGCUCGUGAAGUGAUUGAGCUGCAACUGAAGCAACCUAGUGGCCGCAAUCAUCCAGCGAUCUGCCACUUGCACAUACACGUUAUGGAGAUGUCGCCAUUUCCUGAAUUGGCUCUACCGGCUGCGGAUCGACUACGUGGCCUGGUUCCGCACGCUUCGCAUCUGUUACAUAUGCCGACGCAUAUUGAUGCUGCCGUUGGAGACUAUCGCCAUGGUGUUGAUUCCAACCACGAAGCUAUCCUUGCGGACGACGUCUAUUUUGCUCGAGAGACGGGUACAGUACAGUACACAGCCUACCGGGUGCAUUACAUUUGUGCAAAAUUGUAUUCCGCUAUGAUGGCUGGCCGAUUCACAGACGCGAUGUCCGCUGCAGAAAAACUCGAGCAGGUCAUUGAUGCGAAUCUCCUGUCUGUCAAAAGCCCCCCAGUGGCAGACUUUAUCGAGAGCUUUCUGCCAAGUAAGGCGCACGUGUUGGUGCGCUUUGGUCGCUGGGUGGAGAUUCUUGAUCUCAAGCUUCCCGCCGAUCGCGAUACAUACUGUGUAACUACAGCCACCAUCCAUUACACCCGUGGGCUUGCGUUUAGCGCACUUGGGCGGAUUGCAGAAGCCGAAGCCGCUCAAAAGGAGUUCGAAACGGCGCGUAAGGCCGUUCCUAGUUCCCGACUCAACAGUAUUCCAUGCAGGGAGGAAGAUGUUCUCGCAGUGGCCACUUUUAUGCUUGCUGGUGAAUUAGAAUAUCGAAAGGGAAAUAUCGAGACGGGCUUCAAUUACCUUCGGGAAGCCAUUGUGCUCGAGGAUGAACUCGCGUACUCUGAUCCUCCUCCCUGGAUGCAGCCAGUUCGCCAUGCGCUCGGUGGCUUGCUCCUUGAGCAAGGACGUGUUGAAGAAGCAGAAACGCUGUUCAAGGAGGAUCUUGGCUUUGCUAUAGACUAUCCUCGGCGUAAGGCAAAGCUCAACAAUGUUUGGGGGUUGCAUGGCUUAUACGAAUGCUUCACUCGCCUUGGAAAAGUCCAAGAGGCUGCUUUCAUUCAACCUGCACGGGACAUUGCUGUGGCAUCUGCUGACAUUCCAGUGAACGUUUCGUGCUUCUGCCGAACGUCCACGGUAGCAAAGGAUGAAGGUGGAUGUUGCUCAUGA